UGUGUGUUGGGGCAACUGGUUGAUCAACUAUGGCGUUACAGAGGAAAUUACUAAAUGGGUGUGCCGGAAUUCCCAAAUUUAGGUGGUUGUCCAACGAGGGGUUGAGGCAUUUUUCCGGUCAAGUGGCGGCGCCGAUGGAAUUGCCGCCGUUUGACUACCAACCAAAGCCGUAUAAAGGACCUUUGGCUGAUGAAGUGUUGGAGAAAAGAAAGAAGUUUUUGGGUCCUUCACUCUUCCAUUACUACCAAAAACCUCUAAAUAUUGUUGAAGGGAAGAUGCAAUAUUUGUAUGAUGAGAAUGGAAAACGUUAUCUUGAUGCUUUUGCUGGAAUAGUUACUGUCUCAUGUGGUCAUUGUCAUCCUGAAGUAUUGGAUGCCAUCAUGGAGCAAAGCAAGCUUCUUCAACAUGCUACAACCAUAUAUCUACAUCAUGCAAUAGGCGAUUUUGCCGAAGCAUUGGCAUCUAAGAUGCCAGGAAACCUGAAGGUAGUAUAUUUCGUAAAUUCAGGGACAGAAGCAAAUGAAUUAGCAAUGUUGAUGGCACGAUUGUACAGUGGUCACUUAAAUAUGAUUGCUUUGAGGAAUGCAUAUCAUGGUGGAAGCUCUAACACAAUUGGGCUAACUGCUCUUAACACAUGGAAGUACCCUAUUCCACAGGGUGAAAUCCAUCAUGUUCUAAAUCCUAACCCAUAUCGUGGAGCAUUCGGAUCGGAUGCUAAAAGAUAUGCUGAAGAUGUACAGGAUCACAUUGAUCAUGGUACUUCAGGAAAGGUUGCUGGUUUUAUUGCUGAAACAAUUCAGGGGGUUGGAGGAACAGUUGAAUUAGCCCCUGGAUACUUGAAGUUGGUUUAUGAUAUUGUUCGCAAAGCGGGAGGUGUUUGUAUUGCUGACGAAGUACAAACCGGCUUCGGUCGAACAGGGAGCCACUACUGGGGUUUUGAGACACAGGGUGUGACUCCUGAUAUAGUUACAAUGGCAAAGGGUAUUGGAAAUGGUUUACCACUUGGAGCUGUUGUCACAACACCAGAAAUUGCAAGUGUUAUGGCUCAAAAGAUACAAUUUAAUACAUUUGGUGGAAACCCUGUUUGCUCUGCUGGUGGACAUGCAGUACUCAAAGUUAUUGAAAAGGAACAACGCCAAAAGCAUUGUGCUGAGGUUGGCUCACACUUGAUUGGACGGCUGAAGGAUCUAGAGAAAAGAUACGACAUAAUUGGAGAUGUGAGAGGCCGGGGUUUAAUGCUCGGUAUCGAACUGGUAACUGACAGAAAAGAAAAGACACCCGCCAAGGCAGAAACUGGAGUUCUCUUUGAGAAGCUUAAAGAUCUUGGUGUUCUAGUAGGGAAAGGUGGUUUUCAUGGAAAUGUUUUCAGAAUAAAACCUCCCAUGUGUUUCAGCAAGGAUGAUGCAGACUUCCUAGUUGAUGCAUUGGACUAUUCUCUUUCAAAGUUGUGAGCAUAUGGCAUAUUGUUGUGAGAUUGCUCAGUUGAUUCUCUUUCAACCAUAGGACGCAGCUUAUUCCACUACAAUAACAAUGUAAAAGAAAGCAAGUGAUGCUUCAUUCCUCUUAUUUUAUUCCGCACCAAAUGAAAUAAAUGCAUUAUCAAAUAAAAUUUCCAUUUUGAUACCUUUUUUCAAUUAUUGGAUUAGUAGAUUUAUUAAAAG